AAGUAUUUUAUAUAAAUAGUUGGAUUCUGGCUAUAAGGCGAAUAGUUGUAUUUUAAGUUACGAUGUUCAAUAUAAACUUUAUAGGGGUUUUAUUAGUUGUUUUGUGGGGUCACCUAAGUGCAUUUGACCAGAAUAAUCUGAUACUAGAAUGGAAGGCUUUUAAGGCCCUGCAUAAUAUAUCCUAUAUUUCUGAGCAACACGAGCAACACAGGCAAAACAUUUUUAAAGAAAAUCUCCGAAAAGUACAUCAGCAUAAUAUCCUAUAUGAAAGAGGACUAAGGAGGUACCGUUUAGGAGUCACUCCUUUUUCAGAUUUAACGAAUGCAGAAUAUAAGUCCAUAUUGACCUAUAGAAGCAAAACUAGACAGUCUAGAGGACUAUUUCAGAUGCCGCCAAAUGAAUCUUUUAUAGCAACCUCCAUUGAUUGGAGAAAGAGGGGUGCUGUUACCAGAAUCAAAAAUCAAGGUCUAUGUGGGUCAUGUUGGGCUUUUUCAGCUAUAGGUUGUGUCGAGAGCCAUUACUUCCUCAAACACAACCAACUAGUGCCUUUAAGUGAACAACAGUUGAUCGACUGUGCGACCGAUCAAUAUGGCGCUGAGGGAUGUAACGGGGGUGAACUUGACUCUGGAUUUAAAUACAUUAGGGAUCAUGGAGUUGAGUCAAGUGCUGACUACCCUUACAAGAUGACUCAAGACACUUGUCGGGCCAAUGAGGCUUUACCGAAUAUCACAAAAAUUCUUGGUCUAAUUGAUAUUGAAAAGAAUAACGAGGAAGCUUUGAAGGCCGCUGUAGCAUUAGUUGGUCCAAUUUCGGUUGCUUUUGACGCAUCAGAGCCGGAUCUACAGUUUUACAAAGGAGGAAUUUACGAGAGUAAAUCUUGCAGCCAAACUGAACCCAAUCACGCGGUUCUCUUGGUGGGAUACGGAUCUGAACAAGGGGUGGAUUAUUGGAUAGUGAAAAAUUCUUGGGGAAUCCACUUUGGUGACCAAGGUUACCUCUAUAUAAGACGCGGGGUAAAUCAGUGCUGUAUCGCUUGUGAAGCUAGUUAUCCUAUUUUAUAAAAAAAAAAAUGCCCACCCACAUUUUCCGAACGUAAUCCAAAUUGAAUAAGUUCGUUCGAAUGUACCCACCCUUCUCAGUUGAUCUAAUGUCAAUAGUACAAUUCAAUUAUUUCUACUGUAGUAAACUACCCCGAUCGAAUUGUACGCAAUAAACCAUAAGGUCACCACCCUUACGUAUGUACAUGCGUACGUUUGUCACGCACCCUGUACAAAUAACAGAAAAAUAAUUGUAAUGGUAAUAGGAAAAGAACAGGGGGGCUUGAGAUGCCCAUUUGUAAAUUUAAAAAUUAUUUUUUAGGGAAGAAACAAUUUUUAGUAGUCUUAAGUAUCUUUUAUAAUCGAGUAGUAUAUAGACAAUGUACAGCAAGUCCAUUUAAGUUAUGCAUGUUUAUACUUAAUGAAAUAAACUUUCUAUAUUAAAA